GCCGAGCUUCUUGUACAGUAGUAGAGUCAUCCAACAUGGCGACUAUGUGACUCCUCCGAGGCUCGUCCAAGUUGAAACAGUUAAACACGGUUCUAGUCCAAACAGUCGGUUAGUCAGUCAGCCGUGCACCGCUGCAGCCAGUGUCGACUUUUAUCUGAAAUGAAAGGGCGUGAACAGUCGCCGGUGAAGAAACGAACUCGGGCGCCUGAAGACAGCAGAGACCGAGGAGGAAGCAGCCGGAAGCCCGGAGCUCCGCUGGCCGUCAACGGCAGCGGCUCAUCCCGACGAAGCCUCCACCAUGACAAACGAGACAUGAGGGAGUCUGACGGACACAGCUCGUCCAGCCGCAGCGGCGGCAGCUACGACUACGGGAUGAAAUCCAACGGCGGCGCUGACGUCACGUCGUCCAGGUCGGACUCGCGGCCUCCGCCGAACUCGGAGUGCGAGUACAGAACUCUGAAGAUCAGCGGCCUGGGGACGCAACUCAGCGACGAGGAGGUCGAGGACGGGCUGUUUCACGAGUUCAGCAAAUAUGGCGACGUGAGUGUGAAAAUCAGCAGGGAGAACGACCAGCGAGUGGCGUUCGUCAACUUCCGGAGGCCCGAAGACGCCCGCGCCGGGAAACACGCCCGCGGGAAGCUGGUGCUCUACGACCGUCCUUUGCAGAUCGACCCGGUCUACGACCGUCGGAGGAGCCGCUCGCCGGUGUUCUCCACGGGACACCGACACAUCGUCGCCCCGCAGAGGCAGCUGUCGCCCACCGGGGCGGGCUACAGAGACCUGCGGCUCCAGCAGCUGGCCAUGGGCCGCAUCCCCGCCCCAGCGCCUCACCACCGGGACCUGGACCGAGAGAGAGACUUUCCCUGCGACUCCAGGAGCCGAAGCCACUUCGAGUCCGCCGCCUUUCACGACGAGGACAUUGUAUCCCCUGAGGUCGACCAGAGGGCGAACAGGACGUUGUUUCUGGGGAACCUGGACGUCAGAGUAACGGAGGAGGAACUGAAGAGGACGUUUGACCGGUUUGGUGUGAUAACCGAGGUGGACAUCAAGAGAGCAGCGCGGGGACAGACCACCAACUAUGGAUUUAUCAAGUUUGAAAACCUAGACAUGGCCCACCGCGCUAAAAUUGCUAUGGCAGGCAAAGUUUUGGGGCGCAACCAGAUCAAAAUUGGCUAUGGUAAACCCACGCCGACCACCAGACUGUGGGUGGGUGGACUUGGGCCCUGGGUUUCACUGGCGACCCUCCAUAAGGAGUUUGACCGCUUCGGCACCAUCAGGACCAUAGACUACCGGAAAGGAGACAUGUGGGCCUAUAUUCAGUAUGAAAGUCUGGACGCUGCCCAGGCCGCGUGUGCUAACAUGCGCGGCUUCCCUCUCGGGGGUUCAGAGAGGAGGAUCAGGGUGGACUUUGCAGACUCUGAGCAGCGCUACCACCACAACCAGCAGCAGCCGCCGCCGCCCUUCAUGCAACUCCCCCUCCCUCUGCCACCUUAUGACCUCAUCCCUCCAUCAUAUGGCCAUCGCCUCACAGAUUCUGUUCCGGAGCGGCCUCCUUCGUUUCCAGGCCGCUUCAGAGACAGAGAUAUUUACCCCCCUGCUGAAUGGUCUGGCCCUGGCAUACAUGACCGGAUACGCGGUGGUUAUGAUCUUCUAGACCACAGUGAGAGACCUUCCUAUUCCUGGGCGGAGUCAGAGCAUGAGCUGCGGAACAGAGCCUUCAAUCAUAAGAGGAGACCCCUGGAGGAGGGUUGGCACGGCGACCAGUCACCUGACUAUGGCCGUCGACGACACGACAGGUCAAUGGACCGCAGCUCCGGUGGAAGCAGCAGAGACGGCGGCCGCUACAGCGACCCUGACCGUCAACCCUCAUCUGGCAAAAACUCCCCUGUUGGUGAGCGGCCAAGCAAAGACUCAGGGGUCAAGAAGAGACGAACAAUGAGCCCGUCGUCACCAGAACCCGGCUCAGAUAAGAGACGCAAAGCUAGAGAGGGUGUCAAGAGUCCGGCAAAGAGGGAGUCGGACUCAGAGGGUCAGAUGUUGAGUCAGGUGUGGCAAGGAGCUCUGCUACUAAAGAACAGCAGCUUCCCUACAGCGCUGCACAUGCUGGAUGGCAGCCUGGGUGUGGCCAAGAGUCUCCUGGUGGAGGGGUCGACUGGGGGUCAAGUGUCCCAGCUCAAGAUCACCCAACGCUUACGCAUGGAUCAGUCCAAACUGGAGGAGGUUUCCCGGCGCAUCAAGGCAGCAAGCUCCAGCGGAUACUCCGUCCUUCUGGCCGUGCCUGGAAAAUCCGAGGAGGAAUCAUCCGCGGAAGGGGGCAACUCCAACGAAAGGCCCCUGAAGAACCUGGUCCUCUACUUGAAGCAGAAGGAGGCGGCGGGGAUCAUCAGUCUCCCCGUGGGGGGCUGCCGCGACAAAGAGCAAGCCGGAGUCCUUCAUGCUUUCCCCCCCUGUGAGUUCUCGCUACAGUUCCUGGAUGAUUCCGCCAAAUCUUUUAUCAAAUCCGAGGAGGACUACAUGGUGAUGGUCAUCGUCAGCGGAGCGCCAUGAUCGCGACGCUCCAAAUGGUUGUUGAAAGUUGGUUCAGAAAUAAGGUUGACGUAUGGUGAACGCAUUUUUAUGUUGGCCUCAUGACGUGGUCGUGUAUGUACAUAUGGAUGUAUAGACGUUGGCAGGUAGUUCAGUAGUCCCUUACAAAGGUCCGGCUAUAAGAGUUAAUCAUUUACUGAUCAUGAACACGUCAGACCUAUUCUCUCCAAGUCCAACGAGUCUUGAAUGCAGUUAUUAAAAUGUGUGGCGUUUUGACCUCCGGAUGUUUGACCUCAACGUUAUUCCGGUCCCUAAAAGCACUGUCCACACAGAAGGCGCAGAGUCUGAGGGGUUCUGUUCAUUUCAAGUCCAAGUCUGAUGUUUGUGCUGCGACACAAGAGUUAAGUUUUAACAUUUUCCUAGUCAAUUGAUUUUUUUUUCUUUCCGUGUAGUGAAAGAUUUAUCGAGCAACAUUUGAUUUAAUAGCACAGCAUCGGGAUAUAAACGCUUUUUGUGCAUAUCUGAAUGAGCUAAAAUGAAAACCGAUUUUCUGAACUGAUGGUAAAAUAAUUGUAUUUUUUAAGCAUUCACACCUGUCCAUCUUCCUUUUUUUUGUCAUUUUAAUUAAGCGUCAAGUGAUUCAAAAGUUUUAUUUCCUCAUUUUACAUUUGAAGAAAAUGGUUGUUUGGUCGCACAACAGCAACUCGUCUGUGCCAGAAACCUGUUGGUUGCUUUUGUUGCUUUGCUCUCACGAGGAAAAAAAAAAAAACAAAAGAGAAAAGUGUGUACCCUGAAUAUCAGGAGAGAGAAUGGAGAUAUCGUCCUUCGCCUGCUCGUAGAUCUUUGUCUCAAUAAAUUUACUCUUUCCUGGAAAACACA